AUGCGCGAGUUGAGUGGAAGAAAGGAUUUAGAUAAUUUUAAGAGGAGCGAGAUUGACACUUCGACAAUAAAGUAUGCCAACCCGGCACUAGAAAGGAAACGAACUGAGAUCAUGGCUGGAAAGCAUGAAAAGAGAUUAAAGGCAAAAAAGGAAUUGCUGGCCAAAAAGUCGCUAAGUAAGGCAAAGGAUGGAAAAGGAAUAAAGAAGGAUGUAAAAAAGGAUGCUAACAAAAACAAUAAGGACUCGAAGCCUCUGAAAAGGAAAAUUGAGCAGAAUGCCGCCGAAGAAAAAGACGAUUUGGAGAGUGACCUAAAGUUGAUGAAGAAGAUGAAGAAAGGAAGACUCAGCAAGAAAGAACUGCGAGAUGUAUUGUAA